AUGGAUCUUGCAACCUUGUUCGGCAAGCUCCAAGAGUAUGAAAUGGAGCUAACUAGAAUAACCUUGAAGGAACAAGCCAUCAAGAAAAGCAAGGGACUUGCCUUGAAAGCCUCAACACCAAGCAAAGAGAAGGAUGAGGAAAAAGAAGAUGGAGAUUCCGAAAAUGGUCUUGACGAAGAUGAGAUGAGUCUCUUCGUAAAGAAGUAUGGAAAAUUCUUUAAGAAGAAUUUUUCAAAGAAAUCCACAUUUCCUCCUAGAAGAAGAUCUAAAGAUGAAGGAUCCUCACAACUUACCAUCACUUGCUUUGAAUGUGGAAAAACCGGUCACUACAAAUCGGAUUGUCCAAAUAUUCAAAAGAAAGACAAAUAUGAAAAGAAGCAAGGCAAGGAUAGAAGGAACUUCAAGAAGGCUUAUCUUGCUUGGGAUGAUGAAUCUAGUUCUUCCGAUGAUGAUUCCAAGGAAGAAGCAAAUAUAUGCUUUAUGCAAGAUGGAAGACCAUCGGAGAAAUCAAGCAAAGGAACUCAACAUAUAUGUCUAAUGGCAAAUGAGGACAAAAAUGAAUCCGAAACCGAGGUAAACUCAUCUUGCUCUACUCUUUCCCCUUCAUAUGAUGAGUUGUCUGACAUGUUUGAAGAAAUGCAUAAUGAAACACUAAUACAUGUUAAAGCUCUUAGAGCAUCAAGGAAAACUAUUAAUUCUUUGGAAAAACAAAUUGCAUCUUUAGAAAAGGAAGUAAAAGAGUUGAAGGAUGAAAAUGAAACUCUCAAAUUACUUGAUGCUAGCAUUGAUUGUAUUAAAUGCCUAUCUUCAAAUGAUCAUGCAUUUUCAUCAUCAUGUACUUCAUGCAAAGAUCUAAACAAUGAAAUUGAUGAUUUAAAUGAAAUUCUAAGCAAAUUCACAUGUGGAAGAGACAACUUAAAUGUGUUGCUUGGUCAUAGUGCAUCCACUUGUAAAGUUAGAAAGAAUGGUAUUGUUGGGCAAAAGAAAGUGUGGGUUUGUUUGAAGGCUAAAAGCUCCAAGUGGUACUUGGAUAGUGGUUGCUCAAGUCACAUGACGGGAGAUGUAACUAAGUUCCAAUCAUUCACCAAGAAAGAGCAUGGACACGUUUCCUAUGGAGAUAACAACAAAGGAAAGAUCCUCUGUAUUGGAAAAGUUGAAAACCUUGGCAAAUUUGACUCUAAAGCCGAUGAAGGCAUAUUUCUAGGAUAUUCACUUACAAGUAGAGCUUAUAGGAUCUAUAACAAAAGAACAAUGGUCAUUGAAGAGUCUAUUCAUGUUGUAUUUAAUGAGACUAACCAUGCCUUGCCUAGAAAGGAACUUUGUGAUGAUGAUGUUAUAGAAAGCAUGGAAAACAUAAACUUGAAUGACAAAGAGGAAAAUGAAAGGGAAAAAGAAAAGGAAGCAAACAAUGAAGAAACUCCAAGUCAACAAACCAAUGAUGGAAACAAUCUACCACAAGAUUGGAGAGUAGCUAGAGGACACCCCAUUGAUGCGGUAAUUGGUGAUAUAUCCAAAGGGGAAGAACUAAAUCAAUUUGAAAGAAAUCAAGUUUGGGAACUUGUGCCAAAACCAAAUGAUUAUCCAAUAAUUGGAACCAAAUGGGUCUUUAGGAACAAGCUUGAUGAAAAUGGCAUAAUAACUAGAAACAAAGCUAGACUUGUUGCUAAAGGAUAUAAUCAAGAGGAAGGUAUUGAUUAUGAUGAAACCUAUGCUCCCGUUGCUAGAUUAGAAGCUAUUAGAUUACUACUUGCAUUUGCAUGUAUAAUGGAUUUUAAACUCUUUCAAAUGGAUGUCAAAAGUGCCUUUUUAAAUGGUUAUAUUCAAGAAGAAGUAUAUGUUGAUCAACCUCCCGGUUUUGAAGAUCUUGAUUUACCUAACCAUGUCUUUAAACUCAAAAAGGCCUUAUAUGGUUUAAAGCAAGCUCCAAGAGCAUGGUAUGAAAGAUUAAGCAAAUUUCUUUUAGAAAAAGGUUUUUCAAGAGGAAAAGUGGACACAACUCUUUUUAUAAAGAAGAAAGAUGAUCAUCUAUUAUUUGCACAAAUUUAUGUUGAUGAUAUUAUCUUUGGUGCCACUAACGUUAAUCUUUGUGAAGAGUUUGCUAAUCUCAUGCAAAGCGAAUUUGAAAUGUCUAUGAUGGGAGAGCUAAACUUCUUUCUUGGUCUCCAAAUAAAGCAACACAAGGAUGGGAUAUUCAUUAAUCAAGCUAAAUAUUGCAAGGAGUUACUCAAAAAAUUUGGAAUGGACAACUCCAAGGCCAUUGAUACUCCCAUGGGUACAUCUUGUUCUUUAGACAAGGAUGAAGGAGGUAAAUCCAUAGAAAUUACUAAAUAUCGAGGUAUGAUCGGCUCACUUCUAUAUUUAACCGCAAGUAGGCCCGAUAUUAUGUUUUGUGUGUGCAUGUGUGCUAGAUUUCAAGCUAAUCCUAAGGAAUCACACUUAAGUGCCGUAAAACGAAUUAUGAGAUAUCUUGUAGGCACUUCACACAUGGGAUUAUGGUACCCUAAAGGUGCGUCAUGUGAACUAAUUGGUUAUUCCGAUUCCGAUUUUGCGGGUUGCAAAUUGGAUAGGAAAAGCACUAGUGGCACUUGCCACUUUCUUGGUUGCUCACUAGUCUCUUGGCAUAGCAAGAAACAAAAUAGUGUGGCAUUAUCCACGGCCGAAGCGGAAUAUGUGGCGGCCGGUAGUUGUUGUGCACAAAUCAUAUGGAUGAAACAACAACUAAAGGACUUUGGGGUUGAUCUUGAUCACAUCCCCAUUAGGUGUGAUAACACUAGUGCCAUCAAUAUCACCAAAAAUCCCAUUAUGCACUCACGGACUAAACAUAUUGAUAUUAGGCAUCAUUUUAUUCGAGAUCAUGUGCAAAACGGUGAUUGUAUUUUAGAAUUUGUAGAAUCUUCAAAACAAUUGGCCGACAUUUUUACCAAACCUCUCCCAAAAGAAGUGUUUUACAAUUUGCGACGAGAAAUUGGUUUGAUUGAUCCUUCAUAUUUGUAA